UGUGUUAAAUUUGCUCAAACGGACAAGAGCAUGGAGGAGAAGGACUUGUCAUCUGUGGAGUAUUUUGUGAAGAGGGAGGUUUUGGAUGAACUACAUCUGGAUGAAAUAGCUCAAAAAGGGACCUGGUCCACUAAACCAACGCUGGGUGAUCGGGUGAAAGAGUCCCUGAGAUGUUCGGUGCCCAGGCUGAAGCGCAUACUUCUAACCUGGGUUCCUGUUCUCAGUUGGUUGCCUCAUUACUCCAUCAGAGAAAAUGCCAUCGGGGACUUGAUUGCUGGCUGCAGUGUCGGCAUCAUGCAUCUGCCACAGGGUAUGGCAUAUGCUCUUCUGGCUUCCCUGCGUCCAGUAUAUGGCCUUUAUACCUCCCUCUUCCCAGUGCUGGUCUACUUCAUAUUUGGUACAUCCAGACACAUUUCUAUAGGCACAUUUGCUGUGAUCAGCAUCAUGGUCGGGUGUGUGGCAGAAAGGCUGGCACCUGACAGCAACUUUGUGGUGAAUGGGACUAAUGGGACAGAGACUGUGGACAUUGAUGAACGCGAUGCUUACAGAGUGCAGAUCGCCUGUUCCCUCACAGUCUUGGCAGGAAUCUUCCAGAUUCUGUUGGGUGUGGUGAGGUUUGGCUUUGUGGUCACCUAUCUGUCUGAGCCGCUCGUUCGUGGUUACACCACAGGAUCAGCAUGCCAUGUGUGUGUCUCCCAGCUCAAGUACCUGUUUGGAAUCUCACCGUCUCGUUUCAUUGGCCCUCUGUCCCUCAUUUAUACUGUAGUGGAUAUUUGCAGCCUGCUGCCACAGACUAAGGUGCCAGAGCUGGUGGUCAGCCUGGUGGCACUCGCUGUUCUCAUUGUGGUCAAAGAAAUCAAUAACUGCUACAGACAGAAGCUGCCUCUGCCUAUUCCAAUAGAGCUUAUAGUUGUCAUAGCAGCAACAAUCAUUACACACUUCUGUGGACUUACUAGUAAAUACAACAUUGAUGUGGUUGGAGAAAUUCCCAGUGGGCUCAAGGUCCCUCGUGCUCCAGAUGCCACUUGGUUCUCAAGCGUUGUAGGCGAUGCUUUUGCUAUAGCCAUUGUGAGCUUUGCCAUCAACAUUUCUCUGGGCAAAACAUUUGGCCUCAAACAUGGUUACAAGGUGGACAGCAACCAGGAGCUGGUCGCUGUGGGUCUCAGUAACGCCAUUGGUGGACUGUUUCAGUGUUACUCUGUGACUUCCUCGUUGUCACGGAGUCUUGUCCAGGAGAGCACAGGGGGCAAGACACAAGUUGCGGGGGUGAUUUCCUCCAUCAUUGUGCUGAUCACAAUUUUGAAAAUAGGUUCUCUCUUUGAAGAUCUCCCCAAGGCUGUCUUGUCCACAAUAGUGCUUGUGAAUUUGAAAGGAAUGUUUAGACAGUUCAUGGAUUUGCCUUUGCUGUGGAAGACCAACAAGGCUGACUUGUCGGUGUGGCUGGUAACAUUCAUAAGCACCAUUCUGCUCAAUUUGGACCUGGGUCUGGCUGUCUCCAUUGGGUUUUCCAUGCUUACUUUCAUCUUCAGAACACAACUACCACACUACUCGAUCUUGGGCAACGUACCAGGCACUGAACUUUAUCUGGACACAGACACCUACAAGGAGGCUAACGAGAUUCCAGGAAUUAAAAUCUUCCGUUCAUCUACAACUAUCUACUACACAAAUGCUGAGAUGUUCUUGGAGGCAUUGCAAGAGAAGAGUGGAAUUGAAAUCGGGAAGCUGCUGUCAGCAAAGAAGAAACGGGAUGCAAAGCAGAAGCGUAAACAAGAGAAAGAGAAAAAGAAAGCCGAACAGGCGGCAAAGAAACAAAACUCGGACAUGAACAAAGAAAACUCUGCAAGAACAAAAGGAGAAAGUCAAGGGAAUAGUGUGGCCUCAAGCAUUUAUGAAACAUCUGCAGAUGGCCUUAGUAAAGGCCACGUGAACUUGGCUUACCAACCUGACAUAACCACAUCAGACUCAGACUCAGAUGCGGGGUAUGACUGCAUCACAGAGUUUUCCCACCACAGUGAUGAAGAGAAAGGACAGGCCUGCAAAUCGGGCACGCACAGCAUCAUCCUGGAAAUUUCCACAACCAGCUUUGUGGACACAGUCACUGUGAAGACACUGAAAAAUAUUUUCAGGGACUUUGGAGAGGCUGAUCUGGACAUCUAUUUAGCAGGCUGCCAAGCUUGUGUCGUGGAACAGCUGGAAGCAGCAGAUUUCUUCUCGGUGUCCGUCCCAAAGAGCCGGCUGUUUGUCACCGUCCACGAUGCAGUGCUUUAUAUUCUCAAGAAACGGGGGCAGACAGACUUUGUGCUUAAUGUGUCCUGCAGCACCCGGAUGUGACCAGCAGGGGUCAGAAUAACUCAAAACCAUCUUCCUCCUCCUCCUCCUCCUCCUCUUCUCGGGCUGCUGACCGUUUCAUCAUUCACCAUUGUCUCCUCCCCUUUCAGUAAGGGAGAACGCACCACCUUGACAUGGCGGCCGGUUGCCAUAGAAACAUAGGGAGCGGUUGCUGUGGCAACAGGCUUUUUAUGAUAUCGUCUAAUGAGAUAGACAGCAAGACGUCACUGCAGCUCUCUCACACUGUGGUGAGUGCAAGGGACAGGAAAGGGGCGGGGCCUGAGUGAGAGAAUGUAACAGUGGACUAAUAGGAGCGGAGUCUGUAUUUAUAGCCUGUGUGAGAGAGCAGAGAGUGAGAGAUAGAGGUUGACCUUAGAGGGGAACUCAUAUGUGAGAGGUGUGUGUCUAUCAGUUUAUAUUCUUAAAGAGAAGAGAAGCCAAAUAUCAAUUUCGGGAUUUUUAUAAUCAAUAAAAUUCAAAUAUUGUUACUGAUGUGGCUGUGUGAGUCACUCCUGGAGCCUUAAUUCUUACAAUAACUCUCAUUUGUUCCAAAAGCCUGCAGUAAUGAGCUAAAUGGCAUAUAUAAUGUAAUAGCUGUUACAUUUUAAAAGAGCAACACA